CCGCUCACGUGCAACACUCGUGCCAGCUGCAAGUCGAUUUGAUUUUGAACUUGAGUUCAACGCCGGUUGGGACGGCGGAAGAAGUUUCCACUUUCCAUCCGGUCGACAUACGCUUCAAUAAAUUUGCGAGAGAAAUUUUGAGCCGGCGAACAGGAUAUCUGGAAGGCUGGAAAAGAGGGUGGUCUUCCUCCCUCUCUCUGAUCCAAGUCUCCCCUUUGAGCUUCUUGAGGGGGGGAAGAGGAGAGCGGAGUCUCUACCGGAUCCCCAUCCCUCUUGCCGAUCUCUCGAGGAUGGGGCCGUCGGCUUCGAAGUUAGGGUUCUUUGCGAUUCUUUUGGCGGCGUUGAUGGCCGGCAGUUGCUGGGCGAAGACGGACGGGGCGUACGUGACCCUUCUGUAUGGGGAUGAGUUCCUCCUUGGGGUCCGAGUUCUUGGGAAGUCCAUCCGGGACACGGGAUCAACCAAGGAUAUGGUUGUUCUGGUCUCCGAUGGCGUCUCGGACCAUGCCAAGAAGUUGCUCCGGGCUGAUGGUUGGAUCGUAGAGCCUAUUAGUCUACUGGCUAAUCCGAAUCAAGUGCGGCCAAAAAGGUUCUGGGGAGUCUACACCAAAUUGAAAAUAUUCAACCUGACAAGUUAUAGAAAAGUUGUAUACCUUGAUGCUGAUACAAUUGUGCUGAAGAAUAUCGAUGAUCUCUUCAAUUGUGGAAGAUUUUGUGCAAAUCUCAAACAUUCUGAAAGAUUGAAUUCUGGAGUGAUGGUUGUGGAGCCAUCUGAAACUGUUUUCAAGGAUAUGAUGAGCAAAGUUAACUCCUUACCUUCUUAUACUGGAGGUGAUCAGGGUUUUCUCAAUUCAUAUUAUGCUGAUUUUGCCAAUGCUCAUUUAUUUGAGCCUUAUUUAUCUUCUGAUGUGAUCAAUAGUAGACAUGUACCUGAAAUGGAACGGCUUUCUACUCUAUAUAAUGCAGAUGUUGGUCUUUACAUGCUGGCCAAUAAGUGGAUGGUUGAUGAAAAGGAUCUUAGAGUCAUUCAUUAUACGCUUGGCCCACUUAAACCCUGGGACUGGUGGACAGCUUGGCUUGUAAAACCUGUAGAUGUUUGGCAGAAUGUUCGGGAACAGCUUGAAGAGUCUCUUCCAGGAACUGGUGGUGGAGCAAACCCGAAUGAGCAGCUGCUUCUCAAACUUCUGUUUGCCAUUCCCAUAUGUGCUUUAUUGUUCUGUUACUAUAGGUCCUGCAUUCAGAUCAACAGGGACUUAUUGAGUUUAUCUGAAUAUGCCAGACGUUUUUAUUAUAGAUUCAGAUCUGGGGGUGGGCUUCCUACUUAUGCCGGUGUUAGUGUUGCUUCAUCUUCUAUCAUGAGCUCAAAUCAACAGUUUGCAAAUGGAGCGCAUUCCAAGCUACCUGCUUAUUUGGGUGCUGUCUCAGCUGUUUUCUGCUUCAUGGCUGCCAUAGUAUCUGUUGCACUCGCAUUUGCGGUUGUACCCAGGCAGGUGAUGCCAUGGACAGGUUUGCUGCUAAUGUAUGAGUGGACAUUUACUGCUUUCUUCAUAACAUUCGGAAGUUAUCUGCGCUUGGUUUACCAUUGGGGAAAGGCAAUGUCGAAUCAAGCAGGAACCAUUGUUGCAUACAUGGACUCUUCCAACCAUGACUCGGGCAAAGGUCAUCAACGCCAUGCAUCUAACUGUGACAUUGCCACAUGGUUUUAUGGCACAGGGAUGGCUCUGCUAGCUGUUGCCACCCCUGCAUUGCCAUGCGCAUUAGGGAUCACGUCUCUUUUUGCAAGGUUAGGUUUGAUGGCUGCUGGAGGUCUUGUACUGGCAUCAUUCAUGACGUAUGCUUCAGAGCAUCUUGCUAUCAGAGCCUUUGUUAGAGGCCUCGAUGAUCGUGAUCAGCCAAGAACUAGAAAUGUGUGUCUAUUGUGUUGACUGGCGGGCGGCAGUAACAUGUAAUUUAUACCUGUUUGCUACUUGUAUACAUCAUUUUGUGUGUGGUUAUCUUGUCUUUGGCCAUUACAAAUUUUUUAUGGCUCUGUAAAAUGCAAUUUCUUAUUCUUUGGCAAAGCGUCACAGCUAAUGAGGGUUAAAUUUGAAGGCCAUCAACUGAAAAUCAAAAGGCUACUCUUCAGCUUGAUGCAUGAGACCUGGAAAACUGAAGAGCUGCUGGGAAAUAUCCUGUUGCUAAUCUCAACUUGCCGUUGAUGUUGGAUAUAUAUGGUCAGGGACUCAGCAAUUGAUGUCCGAAUGUUCUGCUUGGCUGAGUAGCUUUUAUUGCUUUUCAUUUUGUAGUUCUUAGAACCUAUGCUGUGACCUGCCCCUAUAAAAAUUUCAAGAUGCGGCAAUUUCGUU